AUGCGUUCUAUCGAUAUCUCCCUUCUCGUGCUUUUUGCCGUGUUUCACACCGGACUUGCCCUCUCCCCCCCAUCUCUCGUUUCGCGAGGACUGAAUCAUUGGUGGUGGCCAACUCGUGGUCACACCUCCGACAAUGCUAAGCCAACUACGAUCCACACACUGGAAUCUCUCCAGCGAGACCCUGAGAAUAUUUACCGCGAGGAAGAGCCAGUCUCUCCGAACUGGAACCAUCAACUCCACGAGGAUGUCACCAAAACAGUGCAGGUGUUUGCGUGGACUUAUACGUUUAUCGAAGCUGACAACGCCGAAACCGAGAGGUGUUUUGUUGGUGUGCGAAACAUCGGCAAGCGUUCCACGAAAGUCGAGGUUGGCUACAAAACGGGCUCAGCAUUUUUCCCUAGGAACAACGGAACCAGGAUUGUAUACCCAAGUCGCAAAAAGGGUGUUGCCUCGUAUGAGGCGUGGAACUUCCUUAAAUUCGGUAAGACUCCGGUGGAAAUCCGCCUUUAUAAGUGA